CCUUCUCGGUCUUCGUCCUCUUUCUGAGAGUUCAAGCUUAAACAAGUCAACCAUUCACCACCGUAACCCAAAGACUCUCAUUUCUCUUCUUCUCUUCUGAGAGAGCUUCAACAGGGGACUCCUGUCCGAUCCAGAUUAUACAAACAAAAAUGAAGUCGGAGACUUUGACGUUAGUGCUGGUGAAUCUGGCUGGAAUCAUGGAAAGGGCCGACGAGUCUCUCUUGCCAGGAGUAUACAAGGAAGUUGGGGAGGCUCUCCACACCGACCCAACUGGCUUGGGCUCUUUGACUCUCUUCCGAUCCAUAGUCCAAUCUCUGUGCUAUCCUCUCGCUGCUUAUCUAGCUAUUGGUUACAACCGGACCCACGUCAUUGCUCUCGGGGCUUUUCUCUGGGCCGCCGCAACUUUCCUUGUCGGGAUUUCCUCCACUUUCUCACAGGUCGCAAUUUCAAGAGGCCUUAAUGGGAUUGGACUCGCCAUUGUAAUACCAGCUAUUCAAUCUCUUGUUGCAGACUCAACUGACGACAGCAAUCGUGGGGUAGCUUUUGGAUGGCUGCAACUAACAGGAAACCUCGGCGCCAUCAUCGGUGGCCUUUGCGCCGUCUUAACGGCCUCAACAUCGUUCAUGGGAAUUCCUGGUUGGAGAAUCGCUUUUCAUCUGGUUGCACUCAUUAGUGUUAUAGUUGGUAUACUGGUACGCUUGUAUGCAAAUGAUCCAAGAUUCUCUGAGACGGAUGGUCGAGCUAAGAAUCAGUACAGGUCUGAAAAAUCAUUCGUUUCGGAGAUGAAAGAACUGAUAAAACAAACAAAAUCAGUCAUUAGAAUUCCAUCUUUUCAGAUAAUCGUGGCGCAGGGUGUAUCUGGUUCAUUUCCCUGGUCAGCUAUGUCGUUUACUACAAUGUGGUUGGAACUCAUUGGAUUUUCCCACAAAAAAACUGCUUUCCUUUGGACUAUUUUCAUCGUUGCUUGUUCAUUAGGGGCCCUUUUUGGAGGUAAAAUGGGAGAUGUCCUGGCAAAGCGUUUUCCUAAUUCCGGAAGAAUAGUUCUUUCUCAGAUAAGCUCUGGCUCGGCCAUUCCUUUAGCGGCUAUUUUGCUACUUGCGUUGCCUGAUGAUCCAUCCACAGCAUUCAUCCACGGACUAAUAUUGUUCCUCAUGGGAUGUUUGAUAUCAUGGAAUGGUCCAGCUACUAACAAUCCAAUUUUUGCAGAGAUAGUAGCUGAGAAGUCUAGGACAAGCAUCUAUGCUCUCGAUCGAUCUUUUGAAAUGGUUUUGGCCUCAUUUGCUCCCCCAGUAGUGGGACUCUUGGCUCAGCAUGUUUAUGGUUACAAACCAAUUCCGAAAGGGUCAUCUGAUGCGGUAGAGAUUGAAACAGAUAGAGAGAAUGCUGCAUCACUAGCCAAGGCACUCUACAUGGCCAUUGGCAUUCCAAUGGUGAUUUGUUGUUUCAUUUACUCGUUCCUCUAUUGCACAUACCCGAGAGACCGCGAUCGAGCAAGAAUGGAUGCUUUGGUAGAAUCAGAAAUGCAACAACACCUAAAGGAAGUGCCAGAUAACUCCCCUUCAAGAGAAGAAUCAAGUGAAAUUCAUGUUACAGAAGGGCUGAAUGUAAAGGAAUGUAAUGAAAUCAAUAUAGAAUAUGGGGAAGAAGAUGAAAGUGAUGAAUUAGAUGAUAAUGAUGAUGAGAAGUAUUUGCUUUCUUGUCGGUUACCACUUUCAAAGUAAUGUAGAGAACAAUGAAAAUGAAAUAUAAUUUGGAUUUUUCAUUUGAAUACACUGAUAGAAACAUCACUAUUUGAACAUGAAGAUAAGUUCAAGUUGGUAUUUUUUUCAAUAAUUUUAUUGUUGU